AUAAAGUCAAACAUUUUUACAUUUUUUCAACAUAAAUGGAACAACGUCUUCUUCUAUGGAUUUUAAUUUUAACAGUGAGUGCAAAAUUAGUGCAAACCAAGAUGUUUCUGUGUAAGGAAAAGUACGAGACUAGUCAGUGCACUAUUCAGAAUGUAACGGCUGAAGAGAGUAGCAUUGAACUGGAAUCACCAUAUUUGUCUUCUCAGAAGAUGAUAACUGGGUUAACGAUACUAAGAUCAUCUAUGGAUGGCAUUCCACCAAUUUCCUCGAAUCGUUUGGUCAAUCUAAACUAUUUGAGAUGUGACGGGUUGACGGACAUCGAACAACAUUCAUUUUCUCUAUUCAAUAAUGUGGUAAGGUUGGAGAUCUCUCACGGAACAUAUACAACUUUUAAGGAAAAUUUGUUCAGUUCGAUGCCUCUAUUAACAGAAAUGCACGCCAGAGAUGGGACUAUUAGUGAAAUUGAGGACGACGCAUUUUUCAAUUUGACGAAAUUAAUUCAGUUGAAUCUAUCUAACAAUACCAUCGGCAGAAUUACACCGAAAAUGUUCAAACCGCUUGAGAGUUUGUUUGCAUUAGACUUAUCAUACAAUCAAAUCACAUGCCUAGACGAAGAUUUGUUCCUCAACAAUAUCAACUUGACUUAUUUAAAUCUCAAUGACAACAAAAUCAACAUAUUGGCUGCUCGAAUAUUUAAUCCGCAGAGUAAACUCUACAUCGUAAACCUAAGCAGAAAUGAAUUAACAACCCUAAACACCCAGAAUAUGGUGAACAUUCACGCCGAACAUAAUCAAAUACGACAACUUUUCAUCUCUCGCACAGUUGAAUACUUAGACGUUUAUCGCAAUCACAUUGAGGAUGUGGUCUGUGAUGAAGUAGAUAGCCAUCUAACGUACUUGGAUAUGACAAACAAUUCGCUGACGGAACUGGGUUGCAUUGGUUCACUCAAAAACUUGGUUACUUUGCGUCUCAACUUAAACAAUUUUGGAAUAUUUAAACAAAGUUCGUUUGUCGCAUUAACAGAAUUAACCCUAUUGCAAUUGGGCGCAACAAACAUCAGCAUGAUAGAAAAUGUUGUGUUUACGCACCAAUAUAACCUGCAAACUCUUGUCAUUUCGGAUAAUCGAAUGGGAAACAAUGCGUUGAAAGUACUUCCGGCUUGGAGAAAUUUACUAAGCCUACAUGUUCAAGGGAAUAAUAUGACAGAGUUUCCGUACGAUACUCUCAAAACGGCACUGCCGAGGCUCAGCGAACUUGGCAUCGGGGUCAAUGAUUUCAAUUGCACAUUUUUGGAACGUGCCGUGAAGAAAUUGAAUGAUGAAAAUGUCUUCAUCGUCCCUACUGUAGCUUACAAGAUGAGGCAUCAGCACAGCAUCGCUGGAAUUGGUUGUGAAGAAACACGAAAAAAUGGAACAGCAGCUUCAGGUUCUCUUUCAAGUACGUGAAUCGAUAGCCAAAAUCAAAUUUAA